AUGCUGUCGUCGCUGCGUCUUUGCUCUCCUCAGCUCCACACGCUAAGGGCUGUGUCCGUUCUUCGCGUCCAGUCAAUCCGUCGGUGUGCGGUCUCGGCCCUCGUCGACUCGAAAUGGGUUCGCAACGCACAGACCUCAGGCCAACCAGAGAUUCUGCUUCUCGACUGCAACGACGCGGCCUCGUACCUUCGCGGCCACAUUCCUAAUGCCGUUCAUUGUACAAUGACCGCCACGCUCGGCAAAGACCCGACGCCUGGCGCGACGGGUGUCACGAGUGCACAGCGGUUUCGAGACGCGGUACAGACGCUGCAGGUGCCCAAAGACGCGACGAUCGUCUUGUACGACGACGAUUUUCUCAGUCACUUUGCCACACGGAUGUGGUGGGUCUUUCGGCACUUUGGGUUCCCCCUUGACCAGCUAAAGGUGCUGGACGGGGGACUCAAGCAGUGGAAAGCUGACGACAACGAGGUUGCAACGGGGGAAGCAAACGACAGAGAGAUUGUAGCCGAACGCUGGACCCAGCCAGUGGACACGCACAAGCUCGUGGGGCUGCAGGCGGUGCAGAAGGGAAUUGCCGAUGGUGCUACCAAGUUUGUGGACACUCGAUCUCCGGGCGAGUUUUAUGGUGCAGACGCUACCAAAAACGCACGCACGGGUCACAUCCCGGGUGCUGUGCAUUUCAACUGGACGGAAGGCGUGGACGUCCUGCGCAAUGGGCGCUUCAAGACGAAAGACGAGCUGGAGAAGGUUUUCGUCGACACGUUUCGGCUCGACAAGGACAAGCCUGUGAUCACGUACUGCCAGGCGGGGAUCCGGGCGGCGCACACGGCGUUUCUGCUGGAGCAGAUUCUGGGGUUCAAGAAUGUCACGAUCUAUGAAGACUCGAUGCAGGAGUACGUCAACAGGGACGACACGGAAGUGGCCACCACGGACGACUCGAAAGUGGCCGAGCAAUGA